ACAAAGAAAUGGCAACCAUCAAUUUAAAUACACUAUAAAAACAAACACUUUUUAUUUUGGAUGAAAAACAUGAUGUGUUAAUAAAUGACAUCUUCCAAAUGUAAGAUUUGGACAGUUUAAAAUCACCACCGUGUUUUUUAAUACUAUGGUUGAGUGUAGGACUACAAUACCCUGCACUCAAAGCAGCUAUAAACAGCAGCUAUGUAUGAAUUGUCUGGCCCUAACUUGUAAAUAUUUUCUAUAUGUUUUAUGCUAGGAACAAUUACUGUUAAAGACAGAAAAUGCAUUUAAAGCUACGCCUGUCUGAAUUAAGGCCCAAUCCCAAUUCCUAUUUUAACCCUCAAUCUUAACCCUCAAUCUCAAAAAUCCGCGCUCCCGCGAAGUGCUAGUGCUGUCCCGAUUCUCAGAGUGUUGAGUUGAGGGUCAAGAAUAAGGACUGUAUGGCCCUCACUUUUAAGAUUUUCCAGGACCACCCUUGGUGGUGAGUGCUAUCCCAGAAUCCUUUGCGUAUCAUCCACAGAGCCCAGCCAAACCCGGCCGAGUACAGACGAUUCAGUCAAUGCAAGAUGGCGGCGACAAGCGUAAGGAAGCAGAGUUAUCAAUGGCCACCAGACAAAACAUGAGCCCUGAUUCAUUUCAGGGCCACCAAUGAAGACAAGUUUACAAAAAGCAAGCAGGCUCCAAAAAAACUAUGGGAGUGAGUAAUUUGUAACUUGUGAACUGUUCAUAUUCAUAACAUAAUUCUCGGUCACAACGGCAACUGUUCCCCUAGUGAUCAAGCAUUCUGUUUCAAUAUGAAAUCAGCACAGCUGCAGACGGCAUUGUCGAAGAUUGUUGUUUGGUAACUGUACAUUUGUUUUGGAGCUGCCCCUAUACUGUCACUUUUUGGAAAGAUUUUGUCGAGUAUAUUUAUUGCAACAUUUAUGUUCUAUUUUCACUACUGUACAAAGAUGUGCUGUUUGGAUUUUAUGAUGUCAGCAUUUCAAAACAAAAACAAUUCUAUAUCAUUAAUCUAUUUAUUAUCUUAGCGAAAUUCCAUAUUCAUAAUUUUGUAACAGAAAACCCUUGUUCAAUUUUUAUGAAUGAAAUGCAGCAAUACUUAGAAACCAUUCAGCACUCCACAAACUCCAAAGCUAUAAAGACUCUGAAAAUAUGUAAACAAUUUAAUUGUUUGAGCUGCUGAACUUUUCUAUUUAUUUAUCUUAUUUCUCUUUCUUUUCUCUUAACCCUGGCAUAUUUGUUCUGUUCAUGUCUGUCACUGCUUGUUUUGUACAAGAAUUGAAAUAAAGUGUCGGAAAAAAACAAAAAACGUUGCGUCUUUUUAUCGACGACUACUGAUGACGUAUAUUUCUUCUUCUUUGAAUUGACAGACUGGACGGAGUUUUGGCAUAUUGAUUGCUGCCCCCCACAGUCUUAAGACGUAUUUGCCUUUGAGGGGUGUCCCAUUUUAAAGUCACAGGAUAGCCCUUAACACUUGGUUUUGAGGGCUAGUGAGAUUGAGGGUUGAGCUUGAAAAUUAAGAUUGAGGGUUAAGAUAGGAAUUGGGAUUGGGCCUAAAUUUUAGGAUUGACAAGAACAAAAAACAUAGUCAUAGUGGGUCAAAGUGUGGAGCUGCUGCGUGGUGAGGGAGAGCCGAGGCUCGGGAGUAUGUGCGGGGCCACGAGGAAGGGAUGGGGAGGGCUGCUGCGCGGUGACGGAGAGCCGAGGCUCCCAGAGAGGGAGAAAUAGAACCAAGCAGGAUAAAAUACUCGUAUGCUCGUCAGGGCGGAGACGAACGAAACCUAACUCAGAUGAGACUCAAAAAUCAACCGUUUUCAGGCUUUCUACCUACUGCAGCUUUAACGUGGUGGUGGGGUUUGCGUGUCCCUGUGCACCUGAGAGCUGUGUUGUCUGGGGCUAAUAGCCCCUGGUAGGGUCUCCCAAGGCAAAGUGGUCCCAGGGGAGGGACAAGACUAAGAGCGAUUCAAAGACCUUGAUGACACAGACUUUUUGGGAGGUGAGCACCUCGCCCGGUAUGGGGACACCGGGGCCCCCUCCUGGAGCCAGACCCAGGGGGAGAGCUUGCCAGCGACUUUCUGGUGGCCGGGCCUUAGGCCAUGGGACCCGGUCAGACUCAGCCCGAACAGAUAACAUGGAGCUGUCACCCUGUGGGCCCACCACCCGCAGGGACAGAAAUCAGGGUCAGAUGCACUGUAUGCUGGGCUGCAGGCAGGGCGGGGCCCCUGGCAUGCUGAUCCCUGGCGUUGCGGACUGGGUUUGAGAACGUGGAAUGUCACCUCUCUGGUGGGGAAGGAGCAGAGCGUAGCACUGGUUCUGGAACCAAACUCCUGGAGAGGGGCUGGACUCUCGCUUUUUCCGGAGUUGCCCAGGGUGACAGGCACCGGGCGGGUGUGGAGAUACUCACAAGCCCCCAGCUGAGUGCUGCUUUGUUGGGGUUGUCCCCGGAGAACAAGAGGGUCGCCUCGAUGCAACUGCGGGUAACAAGGAGAAGGUCUCUGACUGUUGUUUGUGCGUAUGCAUCAAACAGCGGUGCAGAGUACCCGGCCAAGUCUCUUGGCGGUGUCCUGCAAGGGGUGCCGGCUGGGGACUCCAUAGUUCUUCUGGGGGACUUCAACGCUCACGCGGGCAAUGACGGAGAAACCUGGAGGGGGGUGAUUGGGAAGAACGGCCUGCCUGACCUGAACCGGAGUGGUGUUUUGUUAUUGGACUUCUGUGCGAGUCAUGGACUGGCUAUAAUGGACACCAUGUUUGAACACAGGGAGGUUCAUACGUGUACCUGGUACCAGAACACCCUAGGCCAAAGAUUAAUGAUCGACUUUGUGGUUGUAUCAUCAGAUCUGCGGCCAUGUGUCUUGGACACUAGGGUGAAGAGAGGAGCAGAGCUGUCAACUGAUCACCACCUGGUGGUGAGUUGGAUCAGAUGGCGGGGGAGGCUGCCGGACAGACCUGGUAAACCCAAACGUGUAGUGAGGGUGAACUGGGAACAUCUGGCUGAGGCCCCUGUCCAUGGGGUCUUCAACUCCCACCUCCAGAAGAAUUUCAUGUGGAUCCCGGGGGAGGUUGGGGACAUGGAGUCUGAGUAGUCCAUGAUCAAAACCUCCAUCGUGGAGGCGGCUGCUAGGAGCUGUAGUCAGAAGGUUGUCGUGCCUGUUGUGGCGCAACCGAAGUCUCGCUGGUGGACACCAGUGGUGAAAGAGGCCAUUAGGCUGAAGAAGCAGGCCUUUCGGGUCUGGCUGGCCCAGGGGUCUCCUGAAGCAGCGGACAGGUACCGGUUGGCCAGAAGGGCUGUAGCUGUGGUGGUCGCUGAAGCAAAAACCUGGGUGUGGGAGGAGUUCAGGGAGGCUAUGGAGAAGG